AUCUGUUCGCCGUAGCCGCUCUGUUCCUAGCACCAACCACUACUUUGUUCCCUGUACUGAAGUCACAGGUAGUGGCUGCCGGAGGAGACAGCGCCGUAGUAUAGGUGUAGCAGCGCGCAGCGGUCGUAGCGUGGGGGCGCAUGGCGGUGCAGCAUGGUGACACAAUUAGUGCGCGCGGCCGCUGACCCCGCCCGAAUUAGCGAUCCGCGCGCGUCCUACUUCCACAGCGGCGGAACCCGCGGUUGCGACCCACGCCUGAGCCCACCAUGAUACACACUAAUUCAUAGCUAGCCUAGUUUAUGUACAGUAUGUAUGGUUACACAUAUUCGGGGUUCCCAUGCAAAUGCGCUAUUGACAAUUACACUCUGCUAAAACUUUGAUAACGUCGCGAGUAGCCUCUGAUAACAUUCGAAAAAAAAAAAGCCCGGAGCAGGCCGGCGUGUUAGUUUCUUUGAAGGCAGUACCGCUAGUUCAUCGCAAAAAUAAUACAAACAUAUCAUCUUCGUUAAUUCUGUGUAAAAUUAGUGCCGCGGCUGAAUGAGGCCACAACUGCUAUCAAAUAGAUUUUUAUAGCUCAAAAUGAAACUAGCUGUGCAAAUGACAAGUAAGUCGUGCGCACGCAUCUUGAAAUGUUGAUGUGAAGCGCGCGGCCGGCGGGGGGCCGGUACCGGCGGCGUCGGCACCGCGCGGUAAUUAGCGGCGUGUUGUGUUGUGGAGCUGCGCGGGCAGGACACGGAGCCGCGCGCGUGCGCGCACGCCGCGAUGUGUUUACGUCGCGGGGGUAUUUCGGUACCGGAACCGAUGCCGCACUAUCGCUAGCCAAAAAUCCGAGCGAAAUAAUCAGAUCAAGGUAGAAUCGUUGAAACGGAAAGCUGACGAAUCUCGCUUUCUAUCCGAAUUUAUUUGUUUAGGGGCGCGGGCCGAGCAACCGAUUGUUCACGGAGAUACCGCGUCAUUGAUUCGAUAUGAAACAAUAUCACAUCAGUAGCCAUCACCUCGGAGUCGGAAGUAGUGCAGUAACGUUAUGUACACUCGACUAAAUAGCAGCUGUACGCUGGAAAAAUCCGUUCCAAUAGCCGAUAGCAAAAGGGGGCCACGCCACUGCAGCAAAGCUCCUAGAAAGUAAAAUACGAUAGAAAAACGAAAGAAAAACAUGAAUGGGCCAGACAGUGAGGCAAUACUUUCACGGCACAAUAUAAUGUAAAUGUGUCGCGCUGUUGUUGCACUCCGUUGUGCGCACAAUGGUGUGUUGUCCGCGGCGCGGUGCUGCCCGCUGCAGCUACUGUUUACAUCUAGCCACGGCCUCUACCAGUCACGAGGAGUUAAUUACUUAAUUAGUUAAUCAUUAAAGCACUGCACGUGACGUUAUUCUAUAUGACAGAACAUGUCGGUGUUCACCGUCCCCAGUAGUGGUUAUGAGUCCUAUCGAAAUGUAGACGAACCUGGUGAUCAAUCCCAUGCAUUUAAGCCUAAGAAUUUUGAAAUCGAAAAUCCCAGUAAUAGUUUUGUACCAGCUGGUGGUGACAAUUGCACUGGUUUCCAGUACUCAGGGAACAGGACAUUCGUUAUUCUAAAGAGUAUUGAAAUAUAAAAUAUGCUGUUGUUUUCCGGAAACACGGUAUUAGCAAUAACAUUAUUAUUUUACUUGCGUCUCACUGUAGAAUGGGUCGUUAAAUUUUUCGAGGUAAAAGGAAAAUUACCUUCCUUAAUCUACCGCUAAUCACCAGCAGGCAACCUGCCGCUACAUAGUCGCAGUCAAUAAAUAAUAUGGAAGUCAUUGUUAUUUAAUGUUGCUACAAUCUCAUGGUGGUCCUCGUCGGAGGAGCCCUCAGCUCUUGGUACACUUACGUUACUUACCAGUGACCAUAAUAUCUCAGUGAAAUGAUAUUUUUAUCUAUGGAACUGAAUGAUCGUCAUUUGAAUUAUAAUCCCUGCCUAACAUUGCAAGCCCGCCUAGCGGAGUCAACUUCAUGUGCAUGGAGCUGAAGGCGGAGCCCGGCAUGGAGGGCGCGCUGGUGCCGCGGCCCGUCAAGGAGCGCAAGAAGCACGACCGGUUCAACGGCAUGAGCGAGGAGGAGGUCUCGCGCCGCACUCUGCCGGACCACCUCGCGGAGAACCUCGACAUCAUCAUUAUCGGCAUCAACCCGGGACUGUUCGCGGCGUACAAGGGACACCACUACGCGGGCCCCGGGAACCACUUCUGGAAGUGUCUGUACCUGUCCGGCCUCACGCGGGAACAAAUGAGCGCCGACGAAGACUACAAGCUGCUGAACUUUGGCAUCGGCUUCACGAACAUGGUGGCGCGGCCGACGAAGGGCAGCGCGGACCUCACGCGGCGCGAGAUCAAGGAGGGCUCCGCCAUCCUGCUGGAGAAGCUGCAGACGUUCCGGCCCAAGGUGGCGGUCUUCAACGGCAAGCUCAUCUACGAGGUGUUCUCCGGGAAGAAGGACUUCUGCUUCGGCAAGCAGCCCGACACCAUCGCCGGGACUAACACCUACAUGUGGGUGAUGCCGUCGUCGUCGGCGCGCUGCGCGCAGCUGCCGCGCGCGGCCGACAAGGUGCCGUUCUACGCGGCGCUGAAGAAGUUCCGCGACUACCUCAACGGCCUGGUGGCGCACGUGGACGAGGCCGAGCUCGUGUUCCCCGACAACACCAGCCGCCGGCCGCAGGAGGAGAUGGAGAUCCGACGACUGACGAUGGAGCCGGAGCCGGGGGACACCAUCAUCCUGGAGGACGGGACCGAGGUGCCGCUGAAGAAGAAGCGAGGCCGGCCCAAGAAGGUGAAGCUGGAGAACGGCGAGGUGGCGCCCGCCGCGCCCCGCCAGCCGCGCGCCCCGCGCCCCCCGCCCUCGCUGGAGCCGCACGACCAGCCGCCCAAGAAGAAGCGCGGCCGGCCCAAGAAGAUCCGGCCCGACGACCAGCAGUUCCUGCUGCAGCACCCCGCGCCGCCGCUGCAGGCGCUGCACUCGCACGACGCGCCCUACAUGGCGGCCGGCGACUUCCCCGCGCAGCUCCCGUCGCCGGGCCUGCUGUACCCGCACCAGCACCACCAGCACCACCAGCAGCUCGCGCCCGACUCCAACAACUACUUCCAGCAACAGCCGCCCAACUCAGAGGGCGGUCUGGGCGGCAUGGAGUCGUCCGGGCUGGACGUGAGCGGCGGCGGCGGCGGCAUGCUGGGCGGCAUGGCGCGCGGGUACGGGUCGCCGGGCGGGUACGCGGCGUCCCCGCGCGGCGUGUACGCCAGCCCGCGCUCGCAGGGCUACUCGCCCAGCCCCGCGCGCCCCGCCGGCACGCCGCAACCACAGGAGUCUGGCGUGAUGCACGGGUUCCCCGCGAGCCCCGCGUUCUCGGCGGUGUCCCCGCCGCGCGCGGGGUCUGGCGGCGGGUACUCGUCCCCCGCGGCGCGCGCCGCGCCCUUCUCCGCGCGCUCCCCGCUGUACGCGCACAGCCCCGCGCCCUACGCGCACCAACAGGCACAGAGCCCGGCCCCGCAGGCGCGGUUCUCGCAGUCCCCGCACCCGCACCACCCGCACCCCUACUCACACUCGCCCGCGCCACAGUCGCAGGGUCGUCCGUUCUCGCGGUCGCCGGCGCCGGUGGGCGGGGUGGGCGGAGUGGGAGGGGUGGGCACGACCCCGUUCCCGCAGGCGUCCCCCGCGGGCGCGCUGCACAGCUACACGCCCAGCCCGGCGCACACGCCGUACUCGCAGCACUCGUCGCCCGCGCCCUCGCGCACCCCCACCUACACCGAGUCGCACCACUACCCGGCCGGGGGCGCGGGGGGCGCGGGCGGCGCGGGCCCGGCCGGCUUCGGCGGCGAGCUGUCGCACGAGAUCGGCGCCGCCAUCUCGUCGCCGGCGCCCGUGUCGCCCGGCAUGGCGGCGCUCGACUUCGAGCCGCCGCGCGACGAGCCCGAGCGCGACCACAGCCCCAUGGGCAGCACCGACAUGCACCCCGGGUCCAACUCCAACUCGUCGCUGUCCGACUACAACAAGGUGAGUGGCGCGGUGGGCGGCGGGAGCCCCGCGCCGCCGCGCUACAGCGCCGUGUGCCCGCAGGCGUCGGCGGGCAGCGACAUGUCGCCGGCCGGCGCCGGCUUCGCCGGCCUCUACGACGACUCGCGCCUGCAGUACGCGCAUCUGCAGCACACGCACAGCCCCGCGCCCGACAAGCAGGACCACUACUACCGCCAGGACCAGGGUGGAGGCGUCGGAGACAGCCCGCGGUUAGACCAGUUACAUCAGCAUCCUUCGUCCAUGUAUCCCAGUAAUUACAAUAGGUCGAGUCCCCCGGGCGGUGAGGGUGCGUUCUCCCCGCUGGGCGCGGCCUUCCGCCCCCCCUCGCACCCCCACCCCGCGCACACGCCGCACGACGCGCCAGGUUCUCCAGGCGAGUACGCGGGCGCGGUGAAGCCAAAGGCGCAGGACGUGGCGUCCAAGUCGCUGUCGGGGCUGGAGUCGCUGGUGGACCAGAUCCCCAGCAUCGCCGAGGGGCCCGGCGGCGCGGGCGCGGGCGGUGCGGGCCCCGCGGCCCCGGCGCCCCCGGACCAGGCCCCGGCCGCCGUGGCCGCGCUGCCCGACUACGCGCCCGCGCUGUACCCGCCCUACGGCGCCUACGGCGGGGCUGCCUACGGGAACAACGGGUACGGCGGUCCGUUCGUGGGCUACGGCGGCGGGUGGGGCACGGCCGUGAUGCGGCCCACGCCCGGGUACCUGUCGGAGUGGCAGUACGGGUACCCGGCGGGGGUGGCGGGCGUGGCGGCGGGGUACGCGCCCUACAACGCGCCCUACUACAACGGGUACGCCGGGCCGCCGCCCGCGCACCACCAGCAGGCGCACUACCUGUCGGCGCCGCCGCUGAUCGACCUGCACAAGAACGGCGAGCACUCGGGCGGCGUGCCGGCCGUGCCGUCCGUGCCGUCCGUGCCGUCCGUCGGCUUCGGCGGCUUCUGUUAGUGUACAUAGACUAUCUCACUGCGGGGAACGAGUACUUCCUAGAGUAAGUAGUAAAUUGGACUGAGUAUCGAGGCGAGGGAAAUGUUUUGUAAAGCAAUCGUUAGUGAUGUAAUUUAAUCUUUUUCAACUGAGGAGCUUAAUUUGUAGGAUUUAUUUGUAAAUAUUGUAUGUAUUUUUAUUUCGGUCCAUCACAUGUUACUUUACCGAUCGCUAGUUGAUGACAGUGCCGUUGUGUUGGUUCUGUUGGUCGUCGUUUAGUUUAGUAGGGCACGUCUGUGAUGUGACUGGGAGGCGGGGGCGUGCGACAAUAUCGUACUUAAUGUAUUCGGAAUGUCUGUGAUCUUUAGUGAUGUCUAACUAAUAAUUAUGGCCAUCGUUAUUGCCAUACUGAAAAGUAACUAGUGUUCGGAAUUAGCGGCCGCGUGCUCGUAAUACGAAGUCUUGCCAAUGAUGUGUUUCGCGUUCUAGUCACUUACUAAUUCGUGUCGGCUAGUCAAAUUGAUGUCAUGUACCCUCGCCGCACUCUCUCGCUCCCAACCGAUUGCUCCAACAAAUAUUGUAUCUAAGUCACAACAACGGCCUAUGAGAUAAAUAAUGUAUACCUUUAUUUAGAUUUUAAUUUACUCUAUUUAUAAUUCAAGUUUAGCAUUUGAUAACUAUAUUUUUAUAGUCGCAGGAGGCGGCCAUUUAUUGUAAGCGGUCAUUGACCUUUACCAGUGCACAAUGGGGGCGCGGGGAGGGGUGCCCCGGACGCCGUGCAUUUUACAUAACGUUACCCGAACAGUUACAUUAGCUUCGGAUCGCUAGUGAAUAGCAUAAUUUUACAUAAUGUUGUAACUUAUAUUUUAUUACGCGCGCCCCGUGGCCGGUGGGGCCGGCCCGGUCCGCGGUAGGAUUACUUUAACGUUAACGCGAUGCAUAAUGUCUACUAGGUGCUGAUGGGUUCGAUGGUUUCCUUACGUGACGCGAGUACUUGCGUCCGAGUCUUAUACUAUGUUGUUGAAGUUUUACUUUGUUUCUCGGUGUAUUUGGUAUCGGGUCGUGUAGAGAGUAGGUGUAGGCCCUACAAGUCCCGCCACAGUCCGCGGGGCCGCAGGCGAGUCGUCCGUGCACUGUACAUACGAGGGGAGGGUACGUCGGGAAGUAAACAAUCUUGUACAAAAUUUUAAAUUAGUAAAACUCUUUCCUUUGCACAAAAUGAUAAAGUGUUAAAUAUAAGCUAAAAACGAAAUAACAUACGUAACAAAGACAUAUACGUUAAUGAUAGGUUUACUCGGAAGAAUUUAUAUGAUAGUUAGUGGAUGGAUAGUUGGACAGUCACCGGAGGCAGUCUCGUGGAGUCCCGCGACAGCGCGGCUCGACAUGUGACGUCACUAUGCACAUGAUCUCCAUUAUGUUCUGGUCUGGCUUAGGUUAGGUUACGUACGACCUCGUACACCACCACUAUUGCAAUGCGUUUUUUUAUAUUAUUAUUUUUCGUAUUUCAAAAGGGGAAACAUGAUUAUUUAAAAAUGAAAUCAACAGGGUAUUUAAGAUUGCUUAAGAUAUAUUAUUUUACAUAUAUUUAUUGUGACUUAUGGGCGAUGCGCGGUUGCGGCGCAUCGCGUUAGUGUAACUGAUGUUUGUUUCGUUGUGUCGGCGCGCCGCGCGGGGAACUGUUCACAAUAACAACGCCUUGUACAUAAUGAGUGCUUUAUUACGCUUUUUUGAUAUUAUUAUAUUUUUAUUUAAAAAAUAAUUAUUACAAUAACACUAUUUCUAUAUUUUUGCUUUUAUUUUGUACAUUAACGAUCAUGUAUGUGAUUGGGAGGUUCUGUUAGCGCCCCGUGCCGGGUACCGUGGACACUAAUGCGGGGCGCACGUCCCGGCAUUACUGGCGCGGCCCCCGGCGGGGCGGGUGCGGCGGCGCCGCGGCGGGCGCCCGCGGUGGCGCGACGUUAGCGCACAGCUCGCGGCGCCGAGCUGUGCUCCAACGCGACUGACACUCGGAUACGAUCUGUGAUCUGUUUAAGCGAUAAUCUAGUACUUAAAUCAGUUUUUAUAAAUCUCAUUUUUUCACAAUCGCUAGUACUCGGUAUAGAUUUUAUCUAAACGUCGCCAGUCGUGGCGCCUCCGCUGUGAACGAAAUAAAGGCCUACACUCGCUGCCACCAGUGGCGGCCGCCGGCGGACCGGCGCGGGCCGGUACUAGACAGUGGCUCGGCCGAGGGCUGGUCCGCCGGCCUGCGCGCCACUUGUAUUUCUAAGUUUUCUUGUCUCGAAUAAGACUUAUCGGCCAAUAUUCCUUCCUGCAACAGAGUGCAAUGUCGGGAGAUACAUGUUCUGUCUCGUAAUCAUUAUCUGUAUUGUUAUUAUUAUAUUUUCAUUUACAUUGUAGUUGUCGUGUAUUAUAGUGUCGUUAAGGGCCGCUUGCACUUAACCGUUCGGCUGACACGAGUGACUUUCGACUUUCCUAUCAGGUGCAUAAAGAUUAGAUUUGUACGAUAGCAUAGAGGCGAGCGGUGAGGUCGGUCGUGCUGGACUAAACUGUAGCUUAAUAUAAUAAGUCUCUAUCAACGAGUUAGUGUUAGUGUUGUACCAGCGCGGCGGCGCGGCGGGCCGGCCCGGGCGCGGCCUGCCUGCAUGGCCUGCCUGCCCGGGCGCGGCCUGCCUGCAUGGACUGCCUGCCCGGGCGCGGCCUGCCUGCAUGGCCUGCCUGCCCGGGCACGCGCGGACUGCCCGGGCCGGCCCGCGGCGCCGCGCUCGCUGCCUCUUAUCUGAGUAGUGGUUAGGGUUGACCAGUGUAUGCAUUGAGUCGCUCAACUAUUUGUACAAUAUGUAUAUUUUUGUAAAAUUCACUCUAACUCGAGGCAAUAUUUUAAAAUUUAUCUACAUAUAAUAUUAAAAAUUAGUACAAUUCAUUGUUAUACAGUAACGUGUUUCCUUGGGUUCGCUCAGCACGUACUGUAGCAUCCUGCCAGUGGGCGCCUAUAGUUGCACGACUCACGAGCUCGCACUGCCGUCGCCUGGGUAGUAGGUUCGCGCCCCGGCGCCGCUUGGUUGUGAAUAGAAUCGCUUACCCACUCCGUCUGCUGUCGUCGCGUUCAUCCGUUGCUUCACUCAGUAUUGUCGUGCCAAAACAUACGUAAAUGCAGGAGUAACAAAGCAAUAUCGUAACUAGAUAGUCUCGAACGAAAGCAAUAAUAUCUGGGCGAGUGGACACUGCACUUGACUCUGUACUUCGCCUCUGUAUCGAAAUAUAUUUUGGAACGUCUCGUCACUUGCAGUAGUUUGGUACAAAUAGCAUUUAUCGUUGGUGGCACAGCCCCCGCAGCACCCACCGCCAGCUGAAUGAACUUUAUUUAUUUGGUAUCAGUGAGGUCGGUCGCGUAUUGCGGCCGCUCGUGGCUGCUGCGGGGGCUCGGCUCCGGCCAGAAGGCGGAGGUCUUAUCCUAGCUCAAUUUUAUUAAUUAUUAUAUUAUACUUGCUUGUUAUUCAUCGUUGAAAUAUAGUUAUUUUGAACCUUGGCUGCCUCGUGGCUCCAUUUUACUAAACCGUUGAAAAUUAUAAGUACAUAGAAAUAAAUGUUAUCGCAUAUCAUAGUGGUCUCGUAAUCCCAGUGUGAAGACAGCCAAGGGUUUGUUCCAGAAGCCUGCAUUACUCAAACAACUCGCAUUUGAUUACGGUGCUUGUUUAUCAUAGUCGUGCGAGCGAGGCGGCGCGCCCGACGUUUGGUUGCACUCGUUUCGUCAAUUAUUUACUGUGAGAGGCGCGCGCCGCCUCGCCUCGCAUUAUAAAGUACAAUUUACCUUAACCUGUGUCGUAUGACGUAUAUUGACGAAUGUUUCCAGUAUCGUGACUGUUGAGCGAUGUCGCAUGUUCACAUCUGAUCGUGAUUGGUUCGUGUGUCCGUUUAUAAUAUUUACGCUAGCGGUAACACUAAAGUUGAUAUGUUUGUACAGUUUUUAACGAUAAAACUACUUCUCGUAGUGACUAAGCAAGAAAUAUUUUUAGUAUAUUAAGAUCUAAUCGAAUUACAUGAUAGUGUAACAUAAUAAAUAUUCGAGGUGGAUUUUUCAAAAUUUCGUUAAACUUUGUAUGGUCCUUCGGAAUAUUUGGUUCAAUUGCAUUAUGGAUAACUCUCAUCUGAAACUGACUCCGUGGAAUGUAAUUAGAGUUUAAACUGGAAGAAUUUUAAAUAUUGAAAUACAACAUUUAAUAAAUAAGUAAUGUAUUAUAAAUAGUUUUAAGGUAAAAAGUUAUUAUUAACAUUGUAUGGAAAAAUUGUGACAAAAAUUAUAGUCAUUUGUAAUAUUA